AUGUCUCAAGAUGAAAAGUUAUGGUCCAGUGCAAUGAAAGCCUCACGCAUGGUGGUAUCGACAAGCACGAUGGAGGAGGAACAACACCAUCCUACUGGAGGACGCACGUUAAUGAUGACGAAUAGAACUUUAUCGCCAGGUAAAUAUGCCUCCUCUUCCUUCCCAACGUUUGGAAGAGGUAUUUCCGAUACCGAGGAUUAUGAUCAAAAUAUACAGCAGCAAGAGCAACAAGAAUAUGAAUCGGAAAGGCUUGCAAGCCAUUUGAUGAAUGCUUUGGUAUUUAUGGAUGAUGUGUAUGCGGAGUGCUUUUCGUGGAAUCAAUCAUCAAGGAAGCAUCUACUCACACCCAAUCAUAUUCUUAAAUUGGGCGCAGUUAGCAUUAUGAAUAUUAGCAAGGAAAAUCAAUGGAUUGGUGAGGAACGAUUUCAACAAUUGUUGGAAAUGAAUUAUCACUAUCAUUUAUACAUUUCGAAAAAUAGUGGUCAUCAUGAUCCUGUGACAAGCUCACAUCAAGCUGAAAUGAAAUUAUCAACGAAAAAGUUACAAAUAGACCAAAACAAGGAUGAGGAGGAGGAAGAAUUUGAGAAAAUCUUUAGUGAUGAUGAAGAGGAGGAGGAAGAACAAUCUUUACAAAUUCCCUCGACAAAGAAGACGUCACAAAUUUUGAACGCUUCUACCACUCCUCCUUCUCAAGCUGUUCCUUAUAUUGUCGCUUCAGAUCAAUUGCCUAUGAGGGAUCCCUCCAUACUUGUAAAUUCAAAUUUGAGGAAAGCUGUAUUCUUCGUGAGCGAUCUUUCAAAAUCUUUGGAAAAGAUUGUGAAAAAAGCGAUUGACAUUUACAAAUUCACACAAGUUUAUUUUUAUUGUGCUUUCAGUGAGGGUUUUUGUGAGUACUACCAAUCCACAGUGCUGGAAUCUAUCCAUCAAGAACAAAACUAUUCACCUCGUGUUACCGUCGUAAAGGACUACUUGACCUACUCAGAUCUCAUUGAAAAGACAAGACUCUUUAUAUUCGAAAAACAAUUUUCUCUUCAAAAGAAAGAUUCAAAAGUGCGGCUGAGAGAAGAUGAAAUUAACAAAACCAUACAUAUCGAGGUGAAUCAUUACCCUUUCAAUAUCUCUCUCCUCCUUCCAGAUAUUUUCAUGACUCCUACAUGUGUAGACAUUUUUCCAAUUAUAUCUAUUACAAAAAAGACUUCCUCAUCCUUGUCCAAAUCUAAUAGCCUUCUUUCUGGUUUUCACCUUGGUAGUAGCCCUCAGAAAGAAAAAGAUUCUUCCAUAGUCAUGCAAUUCAAGGACUUGCCAUCUCUUCUUCAAUUACAAUACAAGCGAGUAUCGGUCACACUUAGAGACAUGUUAAAGAAUUUAAGGAUGAGUGUGGAUGUAUACUCGCUGGGACAAACAUCGAAUCUGAUUGCUGAAGAUUUACAAAGUCUAAUUGGAGAGGAGUCAUUUAAGACGACUGAUGCAUGUACACUCGUGAUUAUGGACAGAACUCUUGAUUUGGUGUCUCCAAUGGUACAUUCCGACAACAUACUCGAUAAGGUUGUUUGCAGCUUGGAACGCUCAUCUGCAGUAUCUAACAAUGUGAAGGACUCUAGCUCAUCAUUGAUCAAUAAGAGCCGUUCGAUCCUCAAAGAUUCCAAUUUAUCUGGACUUCUUCACCACGGUAAUGAAAAAAUCAUUGAUUUAAUAAGAUCAAGUAUUGAGAAAAAACCAUCUGAAACGAUAUCUGAAAUGAAAAUAACUCUUGAUAAGUUGCAAAACAUAGUUUCUAAAAAGGGUGACAUGUCUCUCGACAAGACCAUAUCAAGCCUAAAAAGUCUAUUGCAGAAUCUCUCACUCCCAUUAAUGAUACAGAACGGAGAGACAAUUCAAUUUUUAUCAACCAUUCUUCAUUCUCAAGAAAUUAUUCAUAAUGACACCAAAUAUUCGGAAUUAGCGAGCACUGAAAAAUUGAUACUUUAUGAAUGUGACACCAAUCAAGAAGAAUUACUUAAGAAUGUCGUUGAUAUUUUAAAGAAAGAUAAGACCAAGUUUUCCUCUAAAGAAAUACUACGACUCGUCAUAAUGAUUUAUUCCGUAGUUUCGCCGCAAUGCACUUUUUCGAAUGAGCAGGAAUUGAAAUGUUUGCUUGUGGAUCGAAUUAUUGAGGAGUACAAACAAAGUCAUUCCAAUAGCUCAUUUGUGGAAUUUUUGAACCAUGUUUUGAGCGGGAAAUCAAUGAAUUUAUUGAAGCAAUCAGAAGCAUCCAAUGCAAGCGAUGAAAAGAGUGAAACCCCUCAAGAGGAAGAGGAAUUAGAAGACGAUAAUUGGGACAAUUGGGAUGAAGAUUUUGACGACGACAAAGAUCAAUCAAAAAACAGCAAAUCACAAACAGAGCUGUCUCAAUCGCUACAAAAUGAUCUCACUCACCACUUUAAAAACCUAAAUGCAAUCAAAAAGCAGCGACAAUAUUUCCAAACAUUGGACAAAUUGGCAGGAAAUGACAAUGUUUUCAUCUUUGACAGUCACAGUGGCAACUUGGGAAAUACCGAAACUUCUUUCCGAUCCAUGUGCAAACAAUUAACAUAUGUUAUGGGAGAAAUGGAUCAAUGUCCUGAUCUUGUACACAAUGCUUCUCUACUAAGCCAACUCACAAACACCUUUGGAUUCAUGUUUCAGUCACAAAAAGCCAAAUUAAUUCGAAACGAAUCGAGUGCCAUCAUUAUUUUUGUUGUGGGAGGUAUCACCUGUGGAGAAAUUGCAGAUAUUAAGGACAUGAUUCGAUUGAAUAUUCAAGAAAAAGGCCAGAAUUCUCCUUAUUUUGGAAAGAAGGUAUGGAUAGGGUCUACACAAAUCACUACUGCAGAAAACAUUAUGAAACAAGUCCUUCAACUGUCAAACAGUGCAAGAGUUUAA